AUGACGGACGUCUAUGAUGGUUUGAAUGAGGAAGACAAAGGACGCGUCUUGGUGCUGGCAGUAGGGAAGCUCGAAUAUGAGGCGUUGGACUCCGAAUUUUGCAAAGGGAGCUUUGGCAUGUGCCACGAUGCCGAGGAAGAUCCCUGGUGGAAUUCCUGGUCAGCUGAGCAGCGAGAUGUGUUCUUCUUUUACCGUUCUAAUGGUACUGAGUGGACUUAUUUUUGCCAAUAUUCCAUGAAUGACUAUCUAGAUCAGUUUGAGUCCACCGUGGAAGAUUUGAUCAGGAUGGCUUCGGGCGCUACCACAAGCACUGGAGCUACCGUCGAUGGCGAAUCUGGCGAAGAUACGGGGUCUGGCGAAGAUACCGAGUCAGAGGAACCGUCAGGCAGUUUGGCAAUUGACGUUUCGUGGAAGGCAUUUAUUCUGUUUUUGUUUGGCAUGGCACUGACGCGGUAA